UGAUACACGUUCGACUUUCCUCUGUAAAACUUCGACGGACGGUGUUCACUUAGUACGAGAAAAUGACGGAGGAGAAAGCGGUGACAGUUUUCAGGGAUUAUCUAAGGAUCAAAACUGUACACCCAACACCGGCGUACGAUGAAGUAGUUGUGUUUCUGGAGAAUCUGGCGAAAGAUGUGGGCAUUCAGUGCAGGACACUCGAGGUGCAUCCUGGGAGAGUCGUGGUGAUUAUGACGAUUCCUGGAUCAGACCCGUCCCUGCCCUCCAUCAUGUUGAAUUCCCACACAGACGUUGUACCUGUAUUCCAGGAUCAGUGGGUGUGUGACCCUUUUGAAGCAAAAAAGAUGGAGAAUGGGGACAUAUACGCAAGAGGAACACAAGACAUGAAGAGUGUUGGCAUACAGUAUAUGGAAGCCAUUAGGAAACUAAAGAAGGAGAAUAAACUAAAUUUCUUAAGGACGAUUCAUGUUACAUGGAUACCAGAUGAAGAAAUAGGAGGAAAACUAGGAAUGGCCAAAUUUGUUCAACAUGAAGAAUUUAAGAAUCUGAAUGUAGGUUUUGGACUGGAUGAAGGUCUGGCCAAUCCUACUGAUGCUUUUACUGUGUUCUAUGGAGAAAGAACUCCGUGGUGGAUUCGAGUUCGAUGUCCCGGAAAACCAGGUCAUGGGUCAAGGUUCAUAGAGGACAAUGCAGCAGAAAAAGUGAGAAAAGUAAUAAACAGUUUUCUUUCAUUCAGAGAUGAGCAAGAGAAAAAACUCAAGACUCAUGGCUGCUUACGUCUAGGUGAUGUUACCACAGUGAAUCUGACCAACCUUAAGGGGGGAUUUGAACAAUCGCUGAACGUUGUCCCCACUGAAAUGUUUUUAGGGUUUGACAUCAGAAUCGCUCCUACCGAAGACUUGAACGAUUUCAAAACAAUGAUGGAGGAAUGGUUGAAACAAGCAGGGGAAGGAAUCACCUACGAAUUUGUUCAAUACAACCCAGCCCAAGGUAUGACCUCCACAGACAAAAGAUGUCCUUGGUGGAGCACCUUCACCUCUGUGUUUGAGAAACUAGGCAUUCAGAUUGAGAAGGAAAUCUUUCCAGCUGCUACUGAUAUCAGAUACAUCCGGGAGCUCGGUAUACCUGCCCUUGGAUUCUCCCCGAUGAACAACACACCGAUAUUGCUUCACGACCACAACGAGUUUCUGAAUGAGAAGGUUUUCCUGCGUGGGAUAGAUAUCUACUGUGAACUUAUCCCUGCUUUAGCCAACCUACCUAAGCAAUAGUGUCAUUGUGAUGCCAUCAAGACGUCAUUGUGAUAAAAAGUUGUCAUUAAUGAGCUGCGCUUUAUUAAUAUAUUCUUUUUAUAACCAUUAGGCAUUGCCUGAAAUUCUGAUAAAAUCUAUACUUGAAUAAUUUGAAUAAUUUUAAAGUUGUUGAAAGCAUUGAAACAUCGAAAACGAGUUUACUAACUUUAAUUUGGUUUUGAUUAACUGACUAUCAUAAUUUUCAUGUGGUGCAGAAUGAAGACUAAAUGUUAGUAAAAUGAUAUUGUCGUAAUUGUUUUAGGA